AUGAAACAGAUAUUGGAUGAAUUUAAACAAAUAUUUCGUAAGCUACUGGAAAAACCAAAUUCGAUAGAGCAUCUUUUUGAAAUAAAAGAAUGGAUGGAAACUGUACCAGUAACUGUAAAAAACCUGGAAGAAGCUACGAGAAAAAUUGUGAUAGAGUAUGAUAUAUUUGACCAUUUCUGGUACUCGUUGUCUCAAGAAGAUUUUGAAAGCAAAUGGGAAGCUGUUGGAUGGCCAUUACGAGUAUAUGAACAAAUAGAUGAGACAAAUUUGUUCCAUGAGGAGGAAAUAGAAAGGCUUCACAAAAUCCAAAUAGAAGACGAAUUUGCUUUGUAUGCCAGACUUGAGCAGAUAACAGUUCAAGUCAGUCAAAUGGCCAGAGAGACUGAUAUAGCUAAGGCUCACGAACUGGCUGUGGAAGUUAGACGUAUGUGGAAGGCAAUGAAAGAGACUCAGGAACAUGGCCAGCUGCUGAAUCAGAGACAAAGGCUCUUUGGUGAUCCUAUAACUCCUUUUGAUGCACUUGUGAGGCUCAUUAAGGAAUCUGAACCAUACAGAAAUAUGUGGCUUGCAACAUCAGAUUGGCUACGGUGGUAUGAUAUCUGGAUGGACAACCCUCUUAUUAACAUAGAUGGAGAGAUGAUUGACAAAAUGGUUUCUGAAAUAUACAAGACUAUGCAGAAAUCUAUCAAAGUGUUCGCUGAUAUACCUGGUGUCCAAGCUAUAGCUAUGCAAGUAAGAGACCAAAUGGAAGAGUUCAAGCCUCUAAUCCCAAUCCUCCAGGGUUUGAGAAAUCCAGGAAUGAAGCAGAGACAUUGGAACCAGCUAAUUGCUGAAACAGGUAUUGAGCUUGAAUAUACUCCCAACCUCACAUUCAAUCAAUGUCUCGAUUUGGGGCUUGCUGACCAUGUGGAAGUAAUGACACAGAUAUCAGAGACAGCUGCAAAGGAAUAUGCCAUUGAAUUAACAUUGAAUAAAAUGAAGGGAGACUGGGCCCACAUAGAUAUGGAAGUAACACCCUACAAAGCCACAGGCACUUACAUAAUGAAGAUUGCGGAUGAAAUAACUCAGAUGCUUGAUGAUCAUAUUGCUUUGACCCAGCAGGUUUCAUACAGUCCUUACAGACCAGCAUUUGAAGAAGAGAUUACUGAUUGGGAGGAAAAACUGCAUCUGACUCAAGAUGUGUUAGAUGAAUGGGUAGAAUGUCAGAAAGAAUGGAUGUAUCUGGAACCAAUAUUUACGAGUGAGGAUAUAAAUCGACAGCUACCUGUUGAAAGCAAGAAGUAUAACACCAUGGAUCGAAACUGGAAAAGGAUUAUGAAAGGUGCAUUUGACAACCCUAAGAUUAUGGAAUAUUGUCCUGACAAAAAGCUACUCACUAGCUUGCGAGAAUGCAAUUAUCUCCUUGAGCAAGUUCAGAAGGGACUGUCUGACUACCUGGAAACAAAACGGUCUGUUUUCCCACGAUUCUACUUUUUGAGUGAUGAUGAGUUACUGGAGAUCCUUGCUCAAGCAAGAAAUCCAACUGCUGUGCAACCUCACUUACGUAAAUGCUUUGAAAAUAUUGCAAAGCUGAAAUUUGAGGACGAUCUUCGAAUUACCACCAUGUUCUCAGCAGAAGGUGAGAGUGUUGAGCUUAACCCAUUUAUGUAUCCAGUGGGGAAUGUGGAAGAUUGGUUGCUGAAAGUUGAAGAAAUUAUGAAGAACACAGUCCGCUUAACUCUGGGAGCUUCCCUGAAGGAAAUUAAUGAAAAGGAUCGCAAUCAAUGGGUUCUUGAGUGGCCUGGUCAAGUAGUUAUUGCUGGUUCUCAAACACACUGGACAGAAGGUGUUGAGAACAGUGUUCUUAAAAACUGCUUAGAAGAUUACUAUGGCAGUAUGCUGAAGCAGCUUGAUGGUCUGAGGCAAUUGGUGAAAGGGCCCUUAAAGCGCAUUGAGAGACAAGUGCUUUCUGCUUUGAUUGUUAUAGAAGUUCAUGCAAGAGAUGUCACAAGUACUUUAGUGUUACAAAAUAUUUCAAAUAUAAAUGAUUUUGACUGGAUUAGUCAGCUAAGGUAUUAUUGGGUAGAUGACUCCCAACUCAAGGUGCGUGCUGUCAAUGCAGAAUUCCAGUAUGGUUAUGAAUACCUUGGCAACAGUGGACGGCUGGUGAUUACACCCCUGACAGAUCGUUGUUACCUCACACUGACUGGUGCUUUGCAUCUCAAAUUUGGUGGCGCACCUGCAGGACCUGCAGGCACUGGCAAAACAGAAACAACAAAGGACUUGGCCAAAGCAUUUGCUAUACAGUGUGUUGUGUUUAACUGUUCAGAUCAGCUUGACUAUAUGGCUAUGGGGAAGUUCUUCAAAGGGCUUGCAAGUUCAGGAGCUUGGGCUUGCUUUGAUGAAUUCAACAGGAUUGACAUUGAAGUGUUAUCAGUUAUUGCUCAGCAGAUAACUACAAUACAAAAGGCACAGCAAGCACGACAAGACAGGUUCCUGUUUGAGGGCGUUGAAAUUGCGCUGAAACAGUCUUGUGCCGUAUUUAUAACAAUGAAUCCAGGUUAUGCGGGACGAACAGAACUGCCUGACAACCUGAAAGCCCUCUUCCGACCUGUUGCAAUGAUGGUGCCAAAUUAUGCACUCAUAGCAGAAAUUUCUUUGUUUUCAUUUGGCUUUUCAGAUGCCAAAGAACUUGCCAGAAAAAUAACCACUACAUUUAAGCUGAGUUCAGAACAGCUUAGUACACAGGAUCACUAUGAUUUUGGAAUGAGAGCUGUGAAAACAGUUAUUGCAGUUGCUGGUAAUCUGAAACGUGAAAUGCCUGAUAUGGAUGAAAGGCAAAUAGUGCUGAGAUCUUUGAGAGACGUUAAUGUGCCAAAAUUUUUAAGAGAUGAUCUGAAACUUUUUAAUGGAAUAGUCUCAGACUUGUUCCCACGAAUGGUAGAACAAGCUAUUGAUUAUGGAGAAAUGGAAAAGGCCAUCUGCAAGUCUUGUCUUGUCCUACAAAUGGAAGUUGUUCCAGAAUUUGUGAAAAAAUGUAUACAGUUGUAUGAGACAACUGUUGUGCGUCAUGGACUGAUGCUGGUUGGCCCUGCUGGUGGUGGAAAGACAAAGUGCUAUGAAGUCCUAGCCCAUGCUCUAACAAGUUUGAAAGGGAAACCAUCUCCAAGUGGGUUACCAUUUGAAAAGGUCCAUACGUAUGUGCUAAACCCCAAGUCCAUCACACUGGGACAGUUAUAUGGUGAGUUUGAUGCCCUCACUCAUGAAUGGACAGAUGGCAUACUGGCAAGUCUAGUACGUGGUGGAGCAUCAGCUGAAGAUGAUGACAAACGCUGGUAUGUGUUUGAUGGUCCAGUUGAUGCUGUGUGGAUUGAAAAUAUGAACACUGUCCUGGAUGACAAUAAAAAGCUCUGCCUAACAAGUGGAGAGAUUAUUAAACUGCAGGAGUCUCAAACAAUGAUGUUUGAGGUGGCAGACUUGGCUGUGGCAUCACCAGCAACUGUAUCACGUUGUGGUAUGGUGUACCUGGAUUCAGGUGUUCUUGGAUUACAACCUCUUAUUGACUGUUGGCUGCGAAGAGGACUGCCACAACUGGCUGUUCAGUAUAGAGAACAACUGCGAGAACUGACUGACAAUUAUCUCUUUCCUGCUCUCACUUUCCUUCGGUCUGGAUUGACUGAAAUAGUUGCAACACAAGACAAUGCCCUUGUGUUUUCAUACAUCAGGAUGGUCAAUCAUAGACUGCGGCCUCUUGCUAAUCCUGAGGGAAAGCCACCACCCGCACAACCUUUUCUGGAUUUGAUGCCUGUUCUCCUUGUGCCGUGGAUUCUGUUCUCAAUUGUUUGGAGUGUGGGAGCAACAUGUGACGGUGCAUCCCGGACAAAAUUUUCUGAUUGGCUGCGAAGGCAUAUUAGGCAUCAUGGCCAUGUACCAGCUUUCCCUCAUGAAGGACUUGUUUAUGAUUACAAACUUCAUGACGGUGGUUUCACAGACACAACUCCAGAUGGUGAACCAUCUGUUCCUAUGUGGCAACACUGGUUGAGUGGUGUAGAAGAGUAUAUAAUUGGUCCCGAGACGAAAUUUGAAGACAUUGAAGUACCUACAAUCGACAACGUUCGAUCAAGUGCAUUAUUAGCCAUACUGGUAACAUGUGAACACCAGGUUCUAUGUGUGGGGCCUACAGGAACAGGAAAGUCAGUGACAGUAGCAUCAACACUUUCAAGAGGCUUGCAUCGUCGAUUUCUUUGUGAAUUCUUGGCCUUCUCAGCACGGACAUCAGCCAAUCAGACACAAGAUCUGAUAGACUCAAAAUUGGACAGGAGGCGAAAAGGUGUUUUUGGGCCACCACUAUUGAAGCGACUUGUUUUCUUUAUCGAUGACCUUAAUAUGCCAGCCCUGGAAACAUUUGGGGCACAACCACCUAUUGAACUAUUGCGACAGUGGAUGGAUUUUGGAGGUUGGUAUGAUAUAAGAAACAUUGGUGAAUUUCGUACACUUGUGGAUGUGAUUUUUGUUGGGGCCAUGGGCCCUCCUGGUGGAGGACGGAAUCCAGUCACUGCUCGACUUCUCAGGCACUUUCAUUUCCUCAGCUUUCCUGAACUUGAAAAUACAAGUAAGGUUCGAAUGUUUGGAACAAUUGUGUCAUCAUGGCUUGGCCGUUGUUCUACAGUGGACAAAAGUAUGGAAACAGCGGUUGUAUCAGCAACAAUGGCAGUGUAUAGUGCAAUUGAAUCAGAAAUGAGGCCUACUCCUGAUCGUACCCAUUACACAUUUAACCUUAGAGAUUUAGCACGUGUUUUCCAGGGCCUUCUAAUGCAUGUACCAGGAGAAAUUAAAGAUGCCCAUCAUAUGUUACGCUUGUGGUAUCAUGAAUGCUGUAGAGUGUUUCAAGAUCGCCUUGUGAAUGACCAGGACCGAAACUGGUUUGAUCAGCUGCUAAACCAGCACAUCGAAGCAGACUUUGAAGCAGAUCCUGAUGAAGUUUUGGGUGACAGAAAUAUACUGUUUGGUGAUUUCAUGGAUCAGAUGGCAGAUGUUCGGCUGUAUGUAGAGAUAACAGAUAUGACUAAGCUGUCAAGAGUUCUUGAAGAAGCUCUGGCUGAUUACAACUACUCAAGCACUGCACCAAUGCGCCUUGUACUUUUUACUGAUGCAGUACGACACACUUGUCGCCUGGCACGGAUUUUACGGCUUCCUCGUGGGCACGCACUUCUCCUUGGAGUUGCAGGUUCUGGCCGACGGUCAUUGGCACGACUGGCUACUCAUGUUGCUGGGUUGGCUGGUUCUGAACUGCAAAUGAGUCGAACAUAUGGUCUGUCGGACUGGCGUGAUGAUGUGAAGUCUAUGCUCCUGAAUUCAGGUGUCCAGGGUCGACAAAGUGCAUUCGUGUUCUCAGAUACUCAGAUUAAGUUGGAGUCCUUCCUAGAAGAUGUUAACAGCAUUCUUAACUCCGGUGACGUCCCUAAUUUGUAUGCAGCAGAUGAUCUGGAACGCAUCAACCAGAAAAUGCGUGGUUUUGUGACAGAGAUGGGACUCCCACCAACCCCAGCUAACCUAUUUUCAGCAUAUGUGAAACAAGUUCGCGCCAACUUUCAUUGUCUUCUGACAAUGAGUCCCAUUGGAGAGGUGUUCCGUGCACGUCUUCGACAGUUCCCUGCCCUUGUUAAUUGUUGCACAAUUGACUGGUUUAGUGCAUGGCCUGAAAGUGCUCUUCAGUCUGUUGCUAUGCGGUUUAUGGAUGAAAUGCCAGAACUUGAUGUUACCGAAGAAAUACUGAAUGGUAUUGUAAUCACAUGCCAGUACAUGCAUCAAAGCUCAGCAGAUGCUAGUGAACAAUACCUACAGGAGUUGUCACGACAUAAUUAUGUGACUCCCACUAAUUAUUUGGAGCUUCUGUCAAGUUUUCAGCGACUAUAUGGUACCAAAAGAGGAGAAUUGGCAAACGGCAUUAAGCGGCUUCAAACAGGGCUUGACAAGCUUCUGAGCACUGCUGAAGAAGUGAAGCAACUUCAAAUAGAGCUAACAGCAAUGAGACCAGCACUUGAAGUAGCUGCCAAAGAGGCUGCAAAGAUGCUGGAGAAAAUAGCUGAAGACACUGCAGUAGCAGAGGAAACAAAGAUAGUUGUUCAAAAGGAAGAACAGGCAGCAGCUGUUAAAGCUGAGGAAACACAGGCCAUUGCAGAUGAUGCUCAGCGUGAUCUUGAUGAGGCAAUGCCAUUGUUAAAUGCAGCUGAAGCCAGCCUGAGAGCAUUGAAUAAAGGAGAUAUCACUGAAGUCAGAGCACUCAAAAAGCCCCCUGCAGGGGUUCAUCUUGUUAUGGAAACAAUCUGUAUUGUCAAGGAUGUCAAACCAAAUAAGAUCCCAGGAAAAGGUAUUGGUGAGAAGAUAUUGGACUACUGGGAGCCAGGAAGGGGACUCCUUGCAAAUCCAGAUCACUUUCUGAACUCACUCAUGAAUUUCGACAAAGAGUCAAUAACAGAGGAGAUUAUCAACAAGCUUGAGUCAUAUGUAGUAAAUCCUUUAUUUCAGCCAGAGAAGAUAAUAACAGUAUCAAAGGCAUGUACAUCUCUUUGUAUGUGGGUGCAUGCAAUGUACAAAUAUUAUUUUGUAAAUAAAGCUGUGGCACCUAAGAAGGCAGCUCUAGCAAAGGCAAAGGCAGAACUGGAGGCAACUGAAAGAGCAUUAGCAGCAGCCAAAGCUAAAAUGAAAGCGGUACUCGAUGGCCUUAAACUGCUUCAAGACACAUUAGAGAAAACAGAAGCUCAUAAAGCUGAUCUGGAGGCAAAGAUGAAACUUUGUGAGGAACGAAUGGGACGAGCAGUGAGGCUUAUAUCUGGACUUGCAGAUGAACGGGAACGUUGGGGCAUAUCAGUGAAAACUCUCUCUGAAUCUGUUAUCAAUGUUGUUGGAGAUGUGUUGCUCAGUGCAGGUGCAGUGGCAUAUUUGACACCAUUCACUGACAGCUAUCGUCGCAAUCUCAUAUCGAAGUGGAUUACUUUGGUGUCAGAACGUGCCAUACCGCAUACAGACAACGUCUCGCCAGUUUCUACAAUGGGGGAUCCAGUACUCAUUCGCACUUGGCAGAUCUUUGGCUUGCCAAGAGAUACACUGUCAGCUGAGAAUGCUGUUCUGGCUUUCAAUUCCCGACGGUGGCCGUUGUUUAUAGAUCCUCAGGGCCAAGCAAACCGUUGGGUGCGUAAUAUGGGAAAGGAGUCAGGUAUGUCAAUUGUAAGGCUGUCAGAUUCAGACCUGCUACGGACACUGGAAUCUGCUAUACGUCUGGGCAAGCCAUGCCUCAUUGAAAAUGUGGGUGCAGAGAUAGAUUCUGCUUUGGAUCCAGUGCUUCUUCGACAAGUAUUUCAACAGAGAGGCACAGAUAUGCUAAAGUUGGGUGAUAGUGUAAUACCUUACAACCAUGAUUUUAGGUUGUACAUUACAACAAAACUUCCAAAUCCUCAUUACACACCUGAACUCACUGGCAAGGUUAUGUUGGUCAACUUCACUCUAGUGCCAAGUGGCUUACAGGAUCAACUGUUGGCACUUGUUGUAAUGCAGGAACGGCCAGAUCUAGAGGAGGCACGUAGUUCACUUAUUGUAAGCAGUGCACAAAUGAAAAAUGAACUCAAAGAAAUUGAGGAUCGAAUCCUGCACAGAUUGAGUGUGUCAGAGGGCUCACCUGUAGAUGACAUUGACCUUAUUGUCACUCUUGAGGCAUCUAAAGUCAAAAGUGAGGAGAUAAAGCAAAAAGUGAAAUCAGCAGAAGAGACACAAAUUAAUAUUGAUAAUACAAGAGCACUGUAUAUACCUGUUGCAAACCGAGCACAAAUACUCUUUUUCUGUGUAUCAGAUCUGGGCAAUAUUGAUCCCAUGUACCAGUAUUCAUUAGAAUGGUUCAUCAGCAUAUUUAUUGGGAGCAUGACCAAUACAGAAGCAUCAGCUGACAUAAAUGAAAGAGUGGAGAAUAUUAAUAAUUACUUUACAUUUAGUUUAUAUUCCAAUGUCUGCCGAAGUCUAUUUGAAAAACACAAGAUGCAUUUUGCAUUUCUUUUAUGUGUAAGAAUAUUGAUGGAUGAAGAAAGAAUAGAUCCCACGGAAUGGCAAUUCUUAUUGGCAGGGGGAAACCCUCUACAGGAGGUUGAGAAUCCUGCCCCAGAAUGGUUAUCAAGCAAAUCUUGGAAAGAAAUAAUGUCCCUUGAAGCACUUCCAAAAUUUAAGCCAUUUGUAGAUUCAUUUGUGUCUCAGUUGGCUGGAUACAAAAAGAUAUUUGAUUCAUUGGAGCCACACAAGGAGCCUUUACCUGACCCAUGGGAGUCAGAACUGGACGAAUUCCAGCACUUACUAAUCCUGAAAGCAUUACGGCCAGACAAGGUUACAAAUUCAAUGCAGAUAUAUCUUAGCCAUAACCUUGGUCAACAGUUUGUUGAACCACAGACAACUGAACUUUCUGCCAUGUACAAGGAGUCAGGUCCUGCAGUGCCACUGAUAUUUGUACUUUCCACUGGGACAGAUCCAGCUGCAGAUCUUUACAAAUUUGCUGACAAGAUGAAAAUGGGAAAACGCAUGUUUGUGAUAUCACUUGGGCAAGGACAAGGACCCAGAGCUGAAAGCAUGCUGCUGAAUGCACUUGAGAUUGGAAACUGGGUCUUCUUUCAGAACUGCCAUCUGGCACCAAGUUGGAUGCCACGGCUUGAGCGACUCAUUGAAAAUAUUAGCCCUGAGAGUUCACAUAAGGAAUUUCGUGUCUGGCUUACGUCGACGCCAUCACCAUCCUUUCCUGUUUCAAUUUUACAGAAUGGUACCAAGAUGACAGUUGAACCCCCCAGAGGAGUUAAGGCAAACAUGAUUCGUGCAUACAGCAAUCAAGUCACAGAAAUGGCAGGCUACAUAAGCUCUGAUGGAGUAAAAGUGCCUAUUUUCAAAUGGCUUCUUUUCUCACUGUGUCUCUUCCAUGGUGUAUGCCUAGAGAGACGUAAGUUUGGACCUCUUGGUUUCAACAUACCAUAUGAGUUCACUGAUGGAGACCUCCGUAUUUGCAUUUCACAGCUUCACAUGUUCUUGGAGGAGUAUGAAGACAUUCCAUUUAAGGUUCUUAUGUACACUGCUGGUCACAUUAACUAUGGUGGUCGAGUCACAGAUGAUUGGGACAGGAGGUGUAUCAUGAAUGUUCUUGCUGAUUAUUACAGAAUUGAAGUGUGCGAUGAAAAUCAUCAGUUUGAAGAGACUGGAAUCUACCAUCAGUUGCCUGCAGAUGCACUACUUGCAGACUAUGUAGAUUACAUUCGUACGUUACCACUGAAUGAUGAUCCUGCACUUUUCGGGCUUCAUGCAAAUGCAGAUAUCAGCUAUGCACAAAGUGAGACAUACAGCUGCCUAGCAACAUUGCUAGCUCUCCAGCCUCGUGUGGUUGGAGGGGAAGCACAGAGCCAAGAGGAAGUAACUUCGUCCAGUGCCAGAGCAGUACUGCAGCAAGUUCCACAUCCUUUCAAUCUGUCUCAUGUAUCAGAAAAGUACCCAGUGCUGUAUGAGGAAUCGCUAAACACAGUAUUAGUGCAGGAAGUCAUUCGAUUUAAUCGUCUGCUGAAAGUAAUCCAUUCAAGUCUACAAGAACUGCUUCGAGCUCUGAAAGGCCUUGUUGUGAUGUCUGAAGCACUAGAAAAUAUGGCCUACAGCCUCUAUACAAAUAUAGUACCUUCUAUGUGGUCCAGCAAGGCUUAUCCCUCCCUCAAGCCUCUAGGUGCUUGGGUGCAGGAUUUGAUUGCCAGGAUCAAGUUUCUUCAAGAUUGGAUUGAUUCUGGUAUACCUGCUUGUUUUUGGAUUUCUGGCUUUUUCUUCCCACAAGCCUUCCUUACUGCAACAUUACAGAACUAUGCUAGAAAGUAUGUAGUGUCCAUAGAUUCCAUUGGUUUUGGAUUUAAGGUGCUAGAAAAUUUCCCAGAAAAGAGACCAGAGGAUGGCUGUAGCAUCUGGGGGCUAUACCUGGAAGGAUGUAGAUGGAGUCAUGUAACUCAUCUCUCAGAAUCAAAACCAAAGGAACUGUAUACAGAUAUGCCUCCAGUCUGGCUGAUUCCUGAAGUGAAUCAUGUGACUGCUGAAACUGGUAUCUAUGAGUGUCCUGUUUACAAGACACUGACAAGAGCUGGCACUCUGUCGACGACCGGUCACUCCACCAACUAUGUACUCGCUAUAGAGUUGCCAACUGAUAAGCCACAACGUCACUGGAUAAAAAGGGGCGUUGCACUCAUAUGUGCACUUGAUUAUUAG